CAAAGAAGUUACUGCAAGCAGCAAACACUUUUUGUCAUCCUCGGACAUCAUUGCAAGCAACGAUAGAAGAGCGCAAUAUGUACUGCAAUAUUUUUUUUAACCAUGCCGGACGACUCUCUUCAGCUCCGGAAACAAAAACAAUAACAAUAACAACAGUGGUAGGGCGGUCAGUGGCGAUGUUUCCACCCUACUGCGGAUUCCAUCUUUAAGGCAACAACAAAAAAUCAGUCGCCUGGUCCUUUAAGACGGUCUCCAAAGUUUAGCGUAUGACGUCAACUUUGGCUUAUCCAUAACGCGAGGCGAUCCAGUGACGGAGAAGGGAAUCUGAACGGCGGGAGAGACAGGUGAAUUUAAAACUGGACGUGAGCGCUUCAGUAUCAGGGGGGAGAUACACACAUUACAGAGAAUCAUUGAAGAUGAACACAGAGGAAAAACAAGAGCUCAAGUCAUCACAAGAUGAAACUAUGGACGUUAGCAGCGCCGUGACAGAUGAGAGGCCACGGGCAGAGGAGGAGGAGAGAGGAGAAGGGGCAGGGGAGAGACAGGGAGAGGAAGAGGAGGCCCCAGGGAAGACCUCAGAGAGUGGAAUGGAGUGCUCAGAACCCACAGGAAACGAGGGAAUGACAGAUGGGGUUCCUGUGAAAACUGAGAAUGAAGAGUAUGACGACAAUGACGAUCAGUACCCCAAGAGUGAAGAAGAAGGUGAACGAGACAAUUACCUUUAUGAAGAAGAGGAAGAGGAGGAGAAGGAAAGGGAUGAGGAAGACGAAGGAGAAGGGGAGGGGGAAGGGGAGGAAGAGGGAGAAACCCUUAACGAACCACAGGACCUGUCUCUGGCAGAUUAUGUAAAGUAUGAGAGCACAGGCCCGCAGGACGCCCACACCGACUCCUCGCCGUACGCAGCAGAACCCCGCAGCCAGGCAGCAGGCAAGCUCAACUGUGACAUCUGUGGCCUGUCCUGCGUCAGCAUCAAUGUGCUGCUCGUGCACAAGCGAAGCCACACCGGUGAACGUCCGUUCCACUGCAGCCAGUGUGGCGCCUCCUUCACCCAGAAGGGAAACCUGCUUCGCCACAUCAAACUGCACUCCGGGGAGAAGCCCUUCAAGUGCCCGAUGUGUAGCUACGCCUGCCGCAGGCGAGACGCCCUCAGCGGACACCUGCGCACUCACUCAAUAGAGAAGCCCUACAAGUGCAACCACUGCGGUCGCAGUUACAAGCAGCGCAGCUCCCUUGAAGAGCACAGAGAGAGGUGCCAUGUGUAUAUCCAGAACAAAGGCAACGCUGAGAGAGCCGGUGAGGACACCCACGUGUCCAGGACUACUCACAUGGGCACGGAGCGCGCUCUGCUACUGGACAGAUUGGCGAGCAACGUGGCCAAACGCAAGAGCUCUAUGCCACAGAAGUUCACUGGGGACAACGGCGUGUGUCUGGACCUGAGCUUCAACAGGGAGCUGAUCCACCGCUCUGACGUCAUGGACCCUCCGCUCACCUCCCCAGGAUCCGAGAACCACCACAGCCACCAGCCCCUCUACACAGGCCAGGACCGUGACUCUGCCUCCCCCCACAGGGCCUACCCCAUCCCCCUGAGCCGCGCUGACAUGAGCCCCCUGGCCCUCACCAAUGGUCACAAGCUGGAGCAGCAGCAGAGCACUGGUCUCGUCUACCUGCCCCGGCCCAGCCAGGGCCACCCUAGCAUGGACACACUCCACGCCGAUCGGGCCCAGCUCUCCCAGCCUCUCAUCUACAGCCUGGGGCACCUGCUGGGGCCCAGUCCCCAGAACAGCCUCCCACGCCCCCAUAGCCAGGCUCACGCGCUCCCCAUGCCCCCCAUAGAGGCUCUGAGGGUGGUAAGGAGUGAGGGGGAGGUAGGGGUUGGGGUAGGUACAGGAGCGGGGGCGGUGUACCCCUGCGGUCACUGCAGGGUGUGGUUUCUGGACUACGUCAUGUUCACCAUCCACAUGGGCUGCCAUGGCUUCCGUGACCCACUGGAGUGCAAUGUAUGUGGCCACCGCAGCCGGGACCGCUAUGAGUUCUCCUCACACAUUGCGCGCGGCGAGCACCGCCUGGAGUUGAAGUAGUAUAGACACAUUUGCACGUGAACACACACAUACACCCAUACAUGUAGUCAGACUCCUAAACGGAAUAAUGCAUACACAUUUAUACACUUACACACAUGAAUUGUGUACAAACAUUACAUACACACAAAAAUUAUCUCAGGGACUUUCCUUUUUGUUUUUAAUUAGCACCAGUGUUACCACACACACACACACACACACACACGCGCACACACACACACACGCACGCAUACACACACACACACACACACACACAAGGAAAUGUAGCAUUUCAGUAAAGUAGCAUUUAAAAUGUUUUAUAGGGGAUAAUCAUGCUUGACUCAAGUGCCAACAUUUAUUUAUGACAAAUAACAGUGUCAAAAGUAAAAGAAAUCAGGAUUAUCUGAAAGAUAAUCAUUUGAUCAAUAGUUAUCUAUGUUUUAUGUGGGACUACAUUUUAUUCUACUUCACUAAGCCACGGAAUAACUUUUCUACAGAAAUAUAUAUGUGUUCUUCAUUUUAUUUUUGGUGACUAUUCAACAGAAGUGUCAAUAUAAAGGGGGUAAUCGGCAGUCAAUAUUUGGCAUUACCUUUGCCGUGCCUGCUGCUUUUAGGUUGGGAUAUACUACAGUGUGUCCAAAUAUCCUCUGUAUGUACAGCAGUAGCAGUAGGACAUAGUACUGAGUACAUUUUACGUUCACUGUAAGCUGACUGACAGACUGCUGUACAUUUUGUUUUCCUUGUAAACUACUGAGGUUCAAAAAUAAAAACAAGUUCAUUCAA